ACUGUUAAAUUUAUCAUGUUGGUGUUUCAUGAUGACAUAAGAGAGAACGGCGACCUCUACUCUGUUAUAGCUCCCGAAUAAAGUCAGUGUUUGUAUUAUACGGCUCUAUUAAAAUCUUAAAAAAUCCAAGCCAUCUCUUAAUUUUAGAUUUUUAAUUCUCGUCAAAUUGAAUUGAGGAGAUAUCUCAGAUGGCUGAAGCAGAUAAAUUGAAUAUAGAUAGUAUAAUAGCCCGAUUAUUAGAAGUGCGUGGAGCAAGACCUGGUAAAAAUGUACAACUAACGGAAAAUGAAAUUAGAGGACUCUGCUUAAAAUCCAGAGAAAUUUUUCUUAGCCAACCCAUUUUGUUGGAGCUCGAAGCGCCUUUAAAAAUUUGUGGUGAUAUCCAUGGUCAAUAUUAUGAUCUUCUGCGUCUAUUUGAAUAUGGAGGAUUUCCGCCAGAAUCCAAUUACUUAUUUUUGGGAGAUUACGUAGAUCGUGGUAAACAAUCAUUAGAGACAAUUUGCCUUCUACUUGCAUAUAAAAUUAAAUAUCCAGAAAACUUUUUCUUAUUAAGAGGCAACCAUGAAUGUGCAUCAAUUAAUCGUAUAUAUGGAUUUUAUGAUGAAUGCAAAAGGAGGUAUAAUAUCAAAUUGUGGAAAACAUUUACAGACUGUUUCAACUGUUUACCUGUAGCAGCGAUCGUUGACGAGAAAAUAUUCUGCUGUCAUGGAGGUUUGAGUCCAGAUUUACAGUCAAUGGAACAAAUUAGAAGAAUCAUGAGACCAACUGAUGUACCUGACCAAGGACUUCUUUGUGAUCUGUUGUGGUCCGAUCCUGAUAAAGAUCAGAUGGGAUGGGGAGAAAAUGAUAGAGGGGUUAGUUUCACAUUCGGUGCCGAAGUUGUCGGGAAAUUUUUGCAUAAGCAUGAUUUUGACUUGAUAUGUCGAGCGCAUCAAGUAGUAGAAGAUGGUUACGAAUUUUUUGCCAAAAGACAGUUGGUUACGUUGUUUAGUGCACCAAAUUAUUGUGGAGAAUUUGAUAAUGCUGGAGCAAUGAUGUCAGUGGAUGAGACGCUCAUGUGUAGUUUUCAAAUUUUAAAACCAGCAGACAAGAGGAAAUUCCAGUACAAUAUGAAUGCAGGAAGACCUGUAACGCCCCCUAGGGGCGCGACGAAUAAAAACAAGAAGAAGUGAAUUAAUGUAUUAAUAAGAUUAGGUUUAGUUGCAACAUAAAUAUGUUUGAGCAUUUUAAAUACUAACGUUUGUCGCAAUAGAUAACUCGAAGGCGUCGUAUUUAUGAAAUUUGAGUUUUUCUAAAAAUUUUUUGUUGAUUCUUCUAUUAGGUUAAGAUACUCCAUAUAAAAUUAAUCUAUUCAAAUACUAGUAUUUAAAAUGUUCCAAUUCGGCCGUUUUACUUUAUUUUACAUCUGAUAUAUUACUAAAAAGGUAAUAUCAUUCUAUCUGUUAAAUUAGAUUAACAAUACUUAGAAUAUCCAAUUCAAAUAAUGCAAACGGCUUUGAUAUUUAAACAAAAAACAGUAGUUUAUUUUUUUUUCGGUUUUAAUAGAAACAGUUUUAUGUUUUGAAUGGUUUCCCUUGACUCCGUAUAAAUAUAUUUUUAUAUACAAUCUCGUUUCCUUUUAUUCGUUGCUAAAUUUUGUUAUUGCAUGGAAUUGAUUUCUGUUCAUCUCGAUUUGAAUGAAUCUUCUCAAAAUGUAAAUUGACAUUUAUUUGUAAAUAUUUGGUCAUUUAAAUUGUUGAUAUGAAUAUACAUGUCACAUAAUAAAAUUUUAACAUUUCCCAUUUUAUACCAAGUUUUUUAUUUAUUAAAAAAAAUGAUAUCAAUAAUAACCACUCGCACGUAAAAAGUGUGCGGAAAGGACAGAAGCAUAGUAGCUAAUAAUAAUUGUCGAAGUAUAUUGAAAAUAGAAUCUACUUUAUAUAUCGCUAUAUAUAUCUCAAAAAACAAGAUUUUUCGGGAGAGUGAAUUUAAAGUUUAAAAGUAGAAUAAAACGAAUUCAAAAUAAUUUUUAACUCUCCAAUUGAUUUUUUUACUAUGCAUCACCUCUUUUCAGACAAUAGCCGAUGAUUUUUCUGUGUUUGAAGAAAAAUUUGUACAAAAUUUUUAAGUUUCAAAAAGCUGCUUUUUAUUUAUGAAGUUAUUUUCCAACUUUCUGAUGAGGUACUUGGAGUAUGUCAAACUAUGUCGGUAUUGUCAGUGAAAUAUUAAAUUUUGAGUUUUACAUUGAAGUAUCUUGAGCUAAGCCUUUCUUGCAAAGAUAAAUUAAUUCCGAAUAUGCAGUUAUUCCUUAUAUUUUAAAUAAUUACUUUUAUUUUAUCUUCCAAUGGAAUGUCGUUUAAAACAAAAGAAUGAAUUUGGGAAAGGUAACAGAAUUUUUGUUAAUUAAAACACAAAUAAAAUAUAUAUUGUUUUAUUUUGUCAUACAAAUUAUCACAGAAUAUAAUUAUGGUAGAAAAAAAAA